GAACAAGUUAGACGGCUCAACAAUUCUCAACAAGCCGAAGUGCCUCUCAAAAGCCCUUGGGUUAGUUAGCCUUGCAUUGCGGGCGCGAUAAUACCUACCUACCUAGAUAGACCUCCUCCUCCUCCUCCCCUCGCCCCAAACAGAAGAACAAACACACAACAAUGACGCGCGCUAUCCGACCGCUCAGAAAAGCUGCGCGAAUCAUCCUUAUAGGUGCACCUGGCGUCGGAAAAGGAACACAAACAGAGCGACUCCUCACGAGAUUCCCCGACCUAGCCUCCAUAAGCUCAGGCGAUCUCCUCCGGGAAAAUGUGCGGAGGAAAACACCCCUAGGUCUCAAAGCCGAGGCCGCAAUGCAGUCCGGUAACCUUGUCCCCGAUUCGAUGAUUCUCGAGCUUAUAUCGUCGGAACUCGAGUCCAAAGGCUGGCUUCCUCCACCCACAGCCACAGCCACAUCAACGACAGCAGCAGCAGCAGCCGCCGCCGCACCUAACUCCACGUCGGUCUCUGCCAAUGCCUCCUUCAUCCUCGACGGAUUUCCUCGCACCGCGACGCAGGCGUCAAGCCUCGACAACCUCGUGCCCGUGAACUUCGUCGUCCACCUCGUCACACCUCCAUCCGUCAUUCUCUCCCGCAUAGGGUCGCGCUGGGUCCACGAACCGUCCGGAAGAGUCUACAAUGCCGAUUUCAACGCGCCCAAGGUUCCCGGCAAGGAUGAUAUCACUGGCGAGCCGUUGACCCAGAGACAGGACGACUCGAUCGAUACGUGGAAGCAGCGGCUGCACAAGUUCGAGGAAACGAGCAAGGCUCUGCUAGAGCACUACCAGCGCAAGGGCUGCCUCUGGCGCGUUGAGGGCGACUCGAGCGAUGAAAUCAGUCCCAAGCUUUUCGCAGAGAUUGAACGACACUUCUGUUAAGUGUCUUGUGUGCUCUCCCUGGCUGCCUAUAUCGGACACGUUUUUUUGUAUCAUACAUAUCUAUUUCUCUUUGUUCGGGGUUUUUUUUCCUUUUCAGCUUUUUGCAUUACUGCGGUCCUUGAUGGAUUGCAGGCAUGAAUGAGCAUGCCUUUCUAUAUGUUCUACCCUCUUUGCGGCUAGAUAAUGUCUUAUUUAAGACAGCUUGCAUCACUUGUGUGGCCAAAAUGACUUAUGUGUCAGGUCUUAACG